GUUAAUUAAAUUUAAAUUAUUAAUUGUUUGCAUAAAUUGCUUUAAAAAUAUUAAUUGUGUCCACAACUUAACUGAUCCAUCAAUUGAUCCAUUGAUUGAUUGAUUGAUUGAUACCAUCGCACGUGUGAUUUGAUUGUUGUCAUUCAUCAGUGAAGUAGUAUUUAUUAUUAUAAAAAAAUGGCGGCAAAUGAAUGGCAGAUAUCGAUGGUUAUGAACGACUUUGUCAACAACCGGGCUUUCGGUAAUGCCAUCAAUUGGUUGUCCCGAUAUAUUGCUAGCGACACUAAUGACGGUCCUAUUGGACGGGCGUACAAUAUGUCGUCGACGACAACGACGACGACAGCUGAUUCACUACCCAGGGAUCAGCUGUUCAGAAAUCUUUGUUGGCGAUCCUAUUGCUACUAUCGGCUCAAGAGAUACGAUUUGGCACUAAGCGAUGCUAAACGGGCCACUAAUUUGGCCUCCGAUCGCUAUCAACCCUAUCUAUUAGGCGGUUUCAUACAAACAGAUCUCAAAAAAUACGAAGAGUCACUACAGCUGUUCGAGAUAGCCAUUCGACUUAAUCAUAGAUUAUUUGAAAUACUAAUCGAAAGACUUAACUUUUUGAAGUACAAAGUGCUGACAAAUCGCGGUUUCGAUGAAUUCAUUAGUUUUAAGUCAGCUCUUCAGUGUCGAUAUGUAGAAGAAUGUGCCGCUUAUGUUAAACAACAAACGGUUAGUAAAUCUAUCGAUCUGGAUGUGUUCAAACUAAUCCAAGACGAUGAUGAUCAUCAUCAGCAACAGCAGACAACGGCCAACAACAACAGCAGCGGCGGCGAUAGCAUCAUCAAUGGUAAUAAUAUCAACAACGGUUUUAAGCCAACAACAACAUCAUCACCGGAACCCCUUUGGGAAUCAGUAUUUGGCGAUCAUAUGUAUAUCAGUAGUCGACGUUCGCCAGCAGAUAGUAUCGGAGGUGUAUCGUCAACGACAACGGCAACGAUGAAUGAUAAAGCAUUUUUAGACGACUACUGUUAUAAAGAUGAUCCUAAAGUUUAUUUAGACGAUGAAUUUGAUCCUAAAUUGGACAUCGAUGACAAUGAUGACGAUAAUAAUAAUGAUAAUAAAGUUAAUAAUGACGACGACGAUGACGAUGAAUACGUUGACGACGAUUCGGAUAACGAAUCAUUGGAUUUAGAGUUUAGAGAUCUAUUACGAGAUAAAACAGUUGAUAAUAUUGACCAAAACAAUAGCGCCGAUAAUAAUAAAAAAGAGUCGAGUCCGCCGUGGGUGACAAUCGGUAAAUCGCGUACAAAUGUCAACUCAAAGCCAAUGGUCAACAAUAGCAACAACAGUAAUGAUAGUGGUGGUGGUGGUGGUCAUCAAAUCCCAAACAACGAUAUGGGCGGUGCGUCACAGUUGUGCACAUUUGAGGAAACGGCUGCCGCCGCCGCAGCAAAUAACGGCCUACAGCGCACUGGUCGCGUUCGUACCGAUAGUUGUACCUCAAAGUUAUCGGAUAAAAGUAAUGGCGGUGGAAAAGCGUACGUCGAAAAUGUGGUCACAAAUCUACUUAAACUACGCGGCGUCUAUAUCGGUAACUUGAAGACCAACUGUUCGGAAAAAGAGCUGAAAGCUGCGUUCAAAAUCUACGGCGAUAUUAUUGACUUCUAUAAGCCGGCCGGCGAGACAUACGUAUUCGUACACUACAAAUCGCACGAAUCAACUGGUCGACUAUUGGCCGACUGGAAUGGCCGCCAAUUCCCGGGCCAAUGUCAGGACGGCAAACGACUGGUCAUACGGUUUACCCCGAGUCAGGAGCAGAUGUCUAAAUAUAAUUCAAUAUCGUUGGAUGAAUAUAAAAAACGUUGUAACGAUGCCUUGGAGUGUCAUCUGUGGCGUUCAGGUCAACGGUGCAACUAUGAUCGGGAAUGUCAGUUUCGACACGUGCCUGCCUGUCGUGCCAUCGAUACCGUACCCGACAAGCGUAAGUCCAAGUGGAAAGUGCUCUGAAGAGUCAUACAUACCGUAAUAAAGUGAGACAUAACUGUACUGUAACAUACCGUACCUAUUGUGUAUGUAUGUUUGUGUGCCAUCCAUAAGCAUAGUCAACACAACAAGUAUUAGUUCAAUAAUUUAGGCUAUCAUUUAUUAUUAUUAUUAUAAAUAUUAACUACCAUUCCUCUCAAUUAUCUAUCUAUCUUACAAUGCAUUUUUUUAUUACCGCAAAUCAGCUGUGAUUUUUGUAUAAUUUUUUUUAAUUAUUACCGUAACUCCACACACAUACAUACCAUUUGAUUGAUUGAUUUGUGAUUUCAAUGAUAAUGUUAAUUAUAAUAAUAAUUUUUUUUAUCUCUGUGUGUUUACAAUUAAAUUGUUUUUUUUUAAAUCUAUUAGU